UUGAAGCAAUGAACCGGCCGCCGCAGUGGAAGCAGCUUCUCCGCCACCUACCGCCGCCGCCGUGCAUAACGGCCCCCACUGCAUUGCCACCAAUCACACGCUCACCAUUUUCAAUUCAUCAAAAAGUUUUUCCCCAUUCUCCCAGCAACCAAUUCAAGCAAUUAAGCUGCAAAGCUCAAGUCUUUGCCGACAGUGAUGAGCAUUACUACUGCAGAAAAUCGCUCAAAUAUUGGGACAAAUUCUACCAGCGCCAUCAAAACAAGUUUUUCAAGGACAGGCAUUAUUUAGGUAAAGAUUGGGGUAAAUAUUUUUGUGAUGAUGAUGGAGGGGUUUCUGCAGAAGGGAAAGUUCUUUUAGAGGUUGGUUUUGGUGCUGGUAAUACUAUUUUCCCUCUGGUUUCAGCCUAUCCCACGCUUUUCGUCCACGCCUGUGAUUUUUCGACCGAGGCAUUGAAUCUUGUUAAGUCUCAUUCAAAUUUUGAUGGGAAGCGUAUGAAUGUAUUCACUUGUGAUGUUACGAAGGAAGAUCUUUGCGACAGAAUCUUGCCGUCUUCUGUUGAUCUUGUAACCUUGAUUUUCAUGUUAUCUGCAGUUUCUCCAAAGAAGAUGCCUUUCGUGCUACAAAACCUGAAAAAAAUACUGAAGCCAAAUGGUCACGUUCUAGUCAAAGACUACGGUGUUGGAGAUUCUGCACAAGUGAAGUUAGAGAACAGAAAUCAGAUGAUCAGCGAUAAUUUUUAUUAUAGAGGCGAUGGCACUUGCUCGUUUUAUUUCUCUGAAGAUUACUUAUCAAAUUUGUUUGCGGAAGCUGGUUUUUGCAUCGUGGAUCUGGAUACACACUGCAGACAAGUAGUUAACCACUCUCGAAAUAUGACAUUUGACCGGCGCUGGAUACGUGCCAUUUUCAAGAAGAUCGACUCGUAGUUACUUGCAACAGUUUGUCAAUUUUUAACAGCUUCUAAGGGUUUUCGAUCCCAGUCGUGAUUGAUACAAGAGAUGGUUACAAGGGAAUAUGUCAAGCUUCACAUUAAUGGAUGAAAGCAAGCAGACGAUGGGCCCGUUAAAAUCUUAAAAUCCUGAAGUUCCUGAUAUUUUGUUUUAAGGAAACGAAUCAUCCAUCGGUUCUUAUGUAAGAGAAUAUUGAAACGAUAAGCGCCUUUGUAAAGCUGGCAG